UUUCCAUGGCGGCGGUUGUGGUGGCCGAGGCGCCUGUUCUAUGGAGGCGGUUUUUAGAGUUUUUGCCCCGGGGGAGGCCUGCUUUGGCCGCGCUGCUUGGUCGGCUGUCGGACCGCUUGACUCAAGGCCGCGAACGCCGCGCACGCGGGUCAUCAUGGCUGUUAUUGGCUCCACUAUUGUCUCCUAUUGUUCCUCAGUUAACAACUCCACCUUGUUGCCUCUGCCCUGAGGGAUCCCAUAGGUUUCAGUGGAUCAGAAACUUUGUUCCGGAAUUUGGGAUUGCCAGUUCCCGUGUCAAAGUGCUUUCAUCUCCAACUGAAUUCUUUGAACUUAUGAAGGGACAGAUAAAGGUGGCCAAGAAGCGAGUGGUUCUAGCUUCACUGUACCUUGGAACAGGACCUCUGGAGCAGGAACUAGUGGAUUGCAUUGAAACAGCUUUGGAAAGAUCAUUGCAGGCAUGCGGUUCUUCCAGUCUUAGAGUGUCCAUUUUGUUAGACUUCACAAGGGGAUCCCGGGGACGAAAGAACUCUCGGACCAUGCUUCUUCCACUCCUGAGGAGGUUUCCAGAGCAGAUCCGUGUGUCUCUUUUCCACACUCCUAACCUGCGUGGUCUUCUUCGACUCUUGAUCCCUGAGCGGUACAAUGAGACUAUUGGGCUUCAGCACAUCAAGGUUUAUCUCUUUGAUGAUAAUGUGAUCUUGAGUGGGGCCAACUUGAGUGAUUCCUACUUCACCAAUCGUCAGGACCGCUAUGUGUUCCUGCAAGAUUCACCUGAGAUAGCUGACUUCUUCACUGAGCUAAUAGAAGGGAUGGUCCAUCCUUAUCAAGGAGACAAGACAGCCUAUUGUGAAGCAGCAAAUAAAAGAGUUAUGGAAGUGAUCGAUUCUGCAAGAAUACGACAAGAGUUGCUUCACACUCAGACUUUCCACCACAACCAGACAGAAGAAGUCCCACUGUCCAGAGAUCAGAAGGCAGUUGGAGACAGGCAGCCUGAACCAGACACGUGGAUUUAUCCACUAAUACAGAUGAAAACUUUUGGGAUUCAGAUAGAUGAGAUUGUCACAGAAACUCUUCUGAUGGAAGCAGAACUAGGUGCCAGUGUGUAUCUCACCACAGGCUACUUCAACCUCACACAAGCCUAUAUGGACCUCAUUCUGGGCACAAGGGCAAAAUAUCAGAUUCUCCUAGCCUCACCAGAGGUGAAUGGGUUCUUUGGGGCUAAGGGGAUGGCAGGUGCCAUCCCUGCAGCUUAUGUUCACAUUGAACGACAGUUUUUCAGUGAAGUAUGCUGUCUGGGUCAGCAAGAGAGAAUUCGACUGCAGGAAUACUCCAGGAGUGGGUGGACAUUCCAUGCAAAAGGCCUCUGGUUGUACCUGGCAGGAAGCAGUCUACCCUGCUUAACUCUGAUUGGCUCUCCUAAUUUUGGAUACAGGUCAGUUCAUCGAGACCUGGAAGCACAGGUUGCAAUAGUGACAAAAAACAAAUCUCUGCAGCAACAGUUCCAUCAGGAACAGGAGGAGCUUUAUCUGCGUUCUGGUAUUGUAUCUGCUUUGACAUUUGAGCAGCCUAAUCGUUAUGUCAAGCUGUGGGUGAAGAUGGUAACACCUUUGAUUAAGAACUUCUUCUGAAAAAGGUUGAAGGUCCAGACAUAGGUGGGGCCUCGCAUGCGUGUCUUGUACACAGGACAUUCGUACAUGUUCUUGGUAUC